GCUGUGAUUGGCCAGAUCCCUGGGCUCCAAUCCCCACCCGGUUCGGGUCCCCCGGGGUCUCCUUCUGUGGCUUCCUUAGGAGAAGACCGACUGCGCACCUCUGAGAUACCUGGGUGGGGAAACGCCAGGUCGGAGAUUUGAAGGCACUUGAGGAAGCAUCAUGUCUUCAGUUUGGAAGACUCCCCCUAGGUCAAAUGCAAUGCCUGAUAUCGUUGUGAAAAUCAUUGGAAGCAAACACUUUCGAUACCUUGCAGACAAGCCAAAGAUCAAACAGAAAGAGAACCUGGAGGUGGAAACUGAAACAGCGCUCCAGAACCCCAGGACUGGGAAUGCCAGGCAGAUGAGUGGGGACGCACCAGCUCCCACUGACCCCUCUGAUCACAAAACCAUGGAUAACCAAGAUGACAUGGAAGAGGGUAAGCACCCAGCCAACAACCAGAAACCAGAGAACCGCCAGGAACUCCUAACAGGAACAUACUGUGGCAGAUUCCUGGAUGGCAAAUUUCCUCAUCAGGCCCACUGCAGCUCUGUACCAUCUGGAGACCAGUCACUAUCCUACAUGCAUGGCCUCCCCAGGAGAAAUCUUAGAGACCAGUCCUUGGAGCAGUUGGUGAGGGGUGGCCCCAGCCAACCUGAGGAUAUCGUCCAGAGGCCCAGUGGAACAACAAAAGAAGAUUCUUUUCUUCUUGCCCUGGUCAGAAAGGAACUCAAGUCACACCCUCUGAGCUCCAGAUUGUUAGACAAAAUUCAGAAAGAGCUGACAAACCUGGACCCAAUCUCUUCAGGGUUUCUCCUUCAGUCUCAGCUGAGCCACCUCUUCCUGAGGCAUGGAGUCCCUCUGCAAUUGCCAACAGUCAAGAUCCUUUGCCAGAGAUGUUCUAGGAAGGGCUCUCCUGAAAUGGUGAAUUAUGAAAAGCUACUCUGGUUUUUAAAAAGUGCAGCCUCAGAUGACUUACAGCAAAGCAAAACAGUUGUGGACAGCAACCUGAAGAAAACUCAGAGUCAAAGUGAUCCUAAGCAAAGCCUUUCCUCUGCCCCUCCAAUAAGAACCCCACCUCAAGACUCCAGCUCACCAUCAGAAGAGGACAAGAGCCUGUUGGAGAUUUUGAGGAUGGUACUAAGGACAACCAAUGGCAAACUCAACAUAGAGAAUCUCAACUUGAGUUUUCGAAAAGAAGACCGUUCAUUUUCUGGCUGUCUCCCCCCAGCCAAGGUCAGGGCUAUAUGUGGGAAGCAUGGAUUAUACCUGACCUUGAGCCUGCUGGAAACAUUGCUUAACCACCAAAACUUGGGUUACCGAGAUGAAAUAAAAUGGCAGAAUUUUGUUGAGUUGCUGAGCAGAGCUUCUUCUGAUUUGUUGUCUGGUUUGCCUCCAGGAAAGAAUGAAAAGGAAGUCCCUGCCAUUCCAGAGCAGCCUGAAGUCUCUGAGAUAUCUCAAAGCAAAGCUGAACAUAUGAAAACUCCAGAAGAGAAGCUGAAUCCAGGAAACCCUCCUGCUGAGACUCCAACCCCCAAAGAUCCUCCAAGCAGUUUGAAGAUCCGGCCAGUCUCCCAGCCCUUCCUCAAUCGGGCCAUGAAGAACCACUCUGAAGAAUGUGAGACGUGGAUUGACAGGUUCAGAAAGCUGGAAAAUGCCCUGUAUCUGUGUGAUCUGAGUAAUACAGGAGUUCUGGAGAAGGAACGAGCCAGACGCCUCAUUCACAACUACAAUCUCAUUUACAACCUGUCCCUGAGCCCUCGGAAAAUCGACCAGGCCUUGCGGAGAUUCCGUUCUGGAGAAAAUAUGCUCUUGGAGCCAGCACUGCGGUACUUAAAGGAGCUAUGAUAGCAAGCCCAUAUUGUGUGAACAGAUGUUUCUCUUAUCUCCCUUCUUACCCAGACACAUCUUUCUCCCCAGCCUGAGAGCAAUGGUGAAGGCUUUCUAGGAGUUGAGGCCAUUGCAGCUAUGGUAGAUGCUUUUGACCAGCUCUUGGAUUCUGGUUUUUGAUGCUUGCUCACGUGCAGUUCUGCAUGAUCAGAGAAAACCAGGUUUUCUGUUCUGAUGUGGCAAGAACCCAACUACUUAAGAUGCUCAUAUAAUAAAACUUAUUAAUAUGACAUGUA